AGCUGCAAAAUGGCGGGAGCAGACCGAAAUCUGUCAUUGAAAGAAGCAUUAGUUGAAAGUUUGGGUUCUGUGUUGUCUCCCGACGAUGAUCUUAGAGUUUCUGGGGAAGAACAAGUUAAAGCCCUUGAAGUUACUGAAGAAUUUGGUGUACACCUUGCUGAGCUCACAGUUGAUCCUCAUGGACCUAUGGCUAUCCGACAGCUAGCAUCAGUCUUACUGAAACAAUAUGUAGAAGCACACUGGUGUCAAAAUGCUGAAAAGUUUAGAUCCCCUGAGGCUGUAGAAAGUGCAAAAGUACAGAUCAGAAGAAUAUUACCACUUGGGUUGAAAGAAAGUAUCAGUAAGGUUCGAACUAGUUGUGCUUAUGCCAUAUCUGCAAUAGCCCACUGGGACUGGCCUGAAGCUUGGCCGGAAUUGUUCCAGAUACUGAUGGAAGCGUUGACCAGUGGUCAGCCUACCUCUGUACAUGGAGCUAUGAGAGUUUUAGCAGAAUUCACACAAGAUGUAACAGACAUACAGAUGGGUCAAGUGGCUCCUGUGAUUUUACCGGAAAUGUACAAAAUAUUUAUGGCUGCUGAUGCAUUUAGUAUUAGGACAAGAGGAAGGGCAGUAACUAUAUUUAACACAUGUGCUGCUAUGAUUGCUAAUAUGGCUGAAAUUCAAAAGGGUAUAGCCAAGCAGUUGCUGUUCCCACUAAUUCCACAGUUUACACAGGCAUUUAUACAGACUCUCCAAGUACCGGAUGGUUUUACCUCAGACAGUGGAUUAAAAAUGGAAAUAGUUAAGGCCAUAACUCAGUUAGUUAAAAGUUUUCCAAAGUUUAUGGCACCAUAUCUGAAUGAGAUUUUACCACCUAUAUGGUUGAUUUUCACACAGAGUGCUGAGUUCUAUGUAAGAACAGUUGUCAACAAUAUGGAAGAUGCUAAUGACCCUGUUGAUUCAGAUGGAGAAGCUUUGGGAUUUGAAAAUCUGGUUUACAGUGUGUUUGAAUUUGUACAAGUUUUAAUAGACACUUCAAAGUUCCGUAAUACUGUGAAGAAGUCCGUCAAUGAUAUACUAUACUAUGUUAUCAUUUAUAUGCAGAUGACAGAUGAUCAGGUCAGAUUGUGGUCCAAUAAUCCAGAUCAGUUUGUAGAAGAUGAAGAUGAUGAAUCUUUUUCAUAUUCUGUUAGAAUCUCUUCACAAGAUUUACUGUUGUCAUUAGCCAGUGAGUUCCAGGCAGAAAGUGCUCCAGCUUUAUGUGCAGCAGUAACCAAACAUUUACAAGAAUCAGAACAACAGAAGAAUUCUGCCAAUGAAAACUGGUGGAAGAUCCAUGAGUCAUGUAUGUUAGCUAUGGGAAGUGUGAUGAAUUUGGUUGUUGAGUAUGUUCAGACUGGGAAAGUUCAGUUUGAUGUCAUGGGAUUUUUACAGACUGUUGUUUUAAAUGAUAUGAAUUACUCAGCUUCUCCAUUCCUAGUAGGUAGAUGUUUAUGGGCUGCCAGUAGAUAUGUAGAAGCCAUGACACCUGAUUUGUUACAGAGAUUUUUACAGUCUACAAUAGGUGGUCUCCACCCUACCCAGCCAGCAGUUGUUAGAGUAUCUGCCAUUCGAUCUGUAUAUAGUUACUGUAUUCAUUUUAAAUCUCUGAAGAAUCCACAAGUACUUACACCAUUCCUACCGAACAUCAUGGAUGGAUUAUUGUCUGUAGCUACACAGUUUUCUUCAGAUGUGCUGUCUUUGUGUCUAGAAUCUAUAGCCACAGUGUUAUCGGUAGACAAAGCAUUCACAGCAACUGUUGAAAAUAAAAUUACACCUCUUACUUUGGCAGUUUAUCUGAAAUAUUCUUGUGAUCCUGUUAUUGGUGGUAUAGUACAAGAUAUAUUUAGAGAACUAUCAGAAAAUGAAAACUGUCGACAGCCACUAGAAGAUCGACUAUUACCUACACUGACAAGCAUUCUUCAUUCUCCAGAUAAAGUUCCUCUUGGAAUGCCAUCAACAGCAUUAGAGUUGGUAGAAGUUCUAGUCAGAGCCAGUAAUGGACCAUUGUCUAAUGGUAUGGUAACCAAAGGUUUUCCUGCUGUUGUACAUGCUACACUCAAUACUGAUGACAAUGCCACAAUGCAGAAUGGAGGAGAAUGUUUACGAGCUUUUGCCUCUGUUGGUUUAGAACAAGUUAUGGUUUGGCAUGAUGAACAAGGUCACAAUGGAUUGUACUAUAUUAUUCAAGUCAUAUCCAAAUUGUUAGAUCCUAAGACAUCUGAACACACAGCAUCAUUUGUUGGUCGAUUAGUUUCGGUUGUGAUUGGUAAAGUUGGUAGUCAGCUUGGAGAGAAUUUAGAUCUAAUGUUGAGAGCUGUCCUGAGUAAGAUGCAACAAGCAGAAACACUUACUGUGAUACAGAGUUUAGUAAUAGUAUUUGCACAGCUGAUCAACACACAGAUAGAAGCUGUUUUAGAAUUUUUAACUAGUGUACCAGAUCCAAUGGGAAAACCAGCAUUACAGUUUGUAUUACGAGAAUGGUGUUCAAGACAACAUCUCUUCUUUGGUUCUUAUGAAAGAAAAGUUUGUGCAAUAGCUUUAAGCAAGCUGUUACUUCAUACAAUUCAAAGUAAUGAUAAAAGACUACAGGAUAUUACAGUACAAGGAGAUCAGAUUGAACCAGAAACUAACGAAAUUAGAACUAGGUCAAAAACUAAACACACUCCUACACAGUGGACAACAGUACCUGUUUUAGUUAAGAUUUAUAAACUUUUAAUUAAUGAAUUAUCAAAUCAAAUUGAAGAAAACAUGGCUAAACAGAAAGACGACAGCCUUAGUCAGGAAGAUGAGGAUGAAGGCUGGGGAGAUGAAGAAGAAAAUGACAAUGAUGAUGAAGUAGCUUUAUCUGGACAGUCACUAUCUUCUCUUAUUGAUCAGAUGUCAGAAGAUUAUAUUAAUGGUUUAGAUGAUGUGGAAGAGGAAGAAGAUCCAGAUUAUAAAAAGGAUCCAAUUUAUCAGAUAGACUUACAGGCUUAUCUAACAGAAUUUUUACAGUCUUUAUCACAACAGCCAUGUUAUGCUAUGUUUUGUGCCCAUCACAAUGAAGCAGAGAAGUGUGUUUUACGGACCAUAAACAUACCUGUGUAGUGCACAUUUUUAAGUUUUAAAUUUUAACAAAUUUCCAGGACUGCAAGGCGGUGAUCUGUGCAAUGUAAACAAUAUUGAAAAUUAUAUCUAAUAAAUUAUCUACAUGAUCAAAUGAAA